CUUCCACGUAGUUCCCGUAGUUCCAGUAGUUCCAACCACUACACCGUCCGCCCCUUCACUGCCUGCAGCCCAUGUCGUGUUCGCAGCCGCAACACAGCAAUGCCCGCGCCUUUGCUCGGAGAGAGUGAGAGCUGCAAUGCCGCCCCGCAGCCCGUCUCGCCGCUUGUAGCGGACACCCCUCCACCACUCCCGGAUGUCUGCGCCAAGAUAUACAAUCGCAUCAAUGCCUUUCUAGAAGAGGAGACCGAUUCGCAGCGGCUGCAGGGCCUCCAGAAGCAGACGCGAAUUUCCCUGGACGUCAUCUCAGAAGCGCUCGAUCGCUACAGUCUCUCAGAGCUGUCGCUAUCAUAUAAUGGCGGCAAGGACUGCCUGGUGCUUCUCAUACUGUACCUGUACGGCCUCCACGCAAAAGGCCUGACCCGACCGACGGUCGACAAUGUCAAUAGCAACCACCACGAGCCUAUACAGUGCGUCUACAUACAAUCGCAACACCCAUUCCAAGAAGUCGAGGACUUUGUAGCAUCCAGUGUUUCCAUAUACUCAUUGUCGCUGGACCAUUACGCCAAGCCCAUGAAGGCCGCUUUUGCGGAUUACCUGCACGACAAGCCGUCAGUGAAAGCCAUAUUCGUCGGCACGCGUCGGACGGACCCUCAUGGCGCAGAUCUGACACAUUUCGAUCCCACCGAUCACGGAUGGCCGAAGUUCAUGCGCAUACACCCCGUGAUCGAUUGGCACUACGUAGAGAUCUGGACGUUCAUCCGGCAUCUUCAGAUACCUUAUUGCGUUCUCUAUGACCACGGCUACACCUCUUUAGGUGGCACCACAGACACCCUUCCCAACCCCGCCCUACUCCGAGACGCGACAUUGGCCCAAAACGGAAACCAAAAUGGCGCCGGCACUGCGAAAUACCGCCCAGCAUAUGAGCUUGUUGAGGACGAAGAGGAACGUCUCGGAAGAGACUAACAAAUGACAUGCAUCUCAUGGAUAUAUCACGACUGGGAGAGCAAACCGGUCGAUGAGAUCUUGCAUAGGGUAUCGAAGCUACCCAUAGCAUUUUGGGCGUCUUUGGCGGCAUUGUGUUCCUAGAAGAGCUUCAUAGUUCUAGAGUUGACAUAAGGUAUACUGUAGAAUCGAAACAGCUCGCGACUCAUUAUAUUUGAAGAGCCUGAUGUAUACGUACUCCUAGCGGACGUCCUCUUCAUUGUGAGACGCCUCAAGCAAAUAAAAGCAUGAAAUGGUUUAUUGGAGCA